UGAUAAACUUAUUAAAUAGAUCAGAAUGCCCGUUAAACCAGAAAAAGUUCCUAAGAAGUCUGGGUCGAAAGGCAUGAUUAAGCCUCCUGCUAAGUCACUCAAGGCUAGCAACAUGUUGUUCCAGCAGGCAAUCGAGCACCCUAUUAGUGACAGAUUUUUGGGAAGUUAUCCCGAAAGCUACGCCUGUGCUGAUCUGGAGAAUGCUCGUGCUCAGCUUCGAGCCAAAAGCGUGGAGCUUGCCCGUUCGCGCGAGCGCCUUGACUACCAGGAAGACGAAUUAAUUCGGACCAAAACAGACUUGGACAUGACGGAGCAAGUUAAUGACACCCUUAGAAGAUCAGUUGAAUUUCUGAAAGACGAAACUAGAAUGUCCAAAACUGAAAAAGAGCUUCUUGAAACUGAAAGACAGAUACUGUCGAGGAAGUUGUUAGACGUAGAAGUUGAAGGGGCUGAAGCCUCAAAACAGAUAGAUGCUUUGCGGGACACACUACAGAGACUAAAAGAGGAUAAAAGAAUGUCAUCGACGGACAUAGCACUGUUGAACAAACAGAGGUCCCUCCUCUUGGACAAACUGCAGGCUUUUGAGUCAUCCAACAAAGCCUUACGGCACAUUCUGAGAGAACAUGCCAGGAGAGCUAUGGAGGCUGAGAAGUUGGGUGAGCAGCGGGACCUUCUCUUAGAGAGACUGGGUAAGAGUGACUCCAAACUGAAUCUUCUCAGGGAGGAACUGAGUGACAAGGACGCGGUGGUCGCCGCUCUCAGGGGACAAUACGAGAACGCCAAGACUGAGGCAGACACUUUGUUCACACAUCAGAAGUCACUGGAGCAGACAAAAGGUCAUCUUCAGAAACAGUUGAGACAAAAGGAAGCAGACUGCAACAGAAUGGCUGUCCAGAUUAGAGCUUUGGAGAGUAAAAUAGAGCAAGACCGAUUCGAGAUCGACCAUCUACACACGCUAGUCAAGUCAACCAAGGAGUCGCAGGCGCUGGAGCUGCACUCGGCCAUCGACCAGCUGAAGACGAAGUUGGUCAAGGUCAGCAAAGAGAAGGGACAGUUGGAGGCGGAGAACGCACACUUGCUCAGCCGACUCAGCGAAGUGGAGGCCACAGCUGAGCAGAUAGAGGCCAGUGCCAGACAUUCUGUGGACAAACUGGGACAGAGUGUACAGGAGAAGGACACCAUGCUCAAACUUACCAAGAUAGAGAGCGAAAAACUCAAGCACAGUCAGAAUAACCUGGAGAACAGAGUGUUGGCGGCGGAGGCUGAGAUCAGUGCCCUGAGGAGCACCAACUCCCAACUGGAGGCCACAUUGAAUGAAGUGAGGAGUCAGCUGAUGAGUAGCAGGAAGGAGAACCACGAGUUGAACGACAAGUUGGAACAGAGGACCAAAGACAUCAUGCGGCUGCAACAUGAAAACAUCGCCGAGAACGAAAAGGCGGAGCAUGCGCAGCUAGAUGCUAACAGAAACAAUGCCAAACUGAUGCAACUACAAGAAGAGAAAAUGAACGUGGAUAGGACUCUAGAAAACAUGCAGAGGAGACUACAACACUUGGAGGAAGAGAACGAGGAAACGUUAAUAAAGUUGAACAAAUCGGAUCAACUCAACUCUCAACUAUCACUGCAAGUGGAGGAGAAAGGGCGUGAGGUGAGUGCUCUGAGUCGUCAGCUGGACACUGCCAUCCAGGAUGGGAAGAGGAAUGCAGAAGCACAGCAGCAGAGACUAGCCAACAGAGAGAGGUCCAGUCAGGCUAGAGUGAUGGAGCUGGAGGCACAACUGGCUCGCAACAAGGCCGAACUCAGCCAGGUGCGCCGGGCCAAAGAAGAGGCCGAUCGCAAGUUCAACGUGAGGCUGCAAGACUUAAGGGACAGAUUGGAACAGUCGCACGUGACUAAUAGAAGCAUGCAGAACUACAUCGGGUUCCUGAAGACAUCGUAAACAGAACAGACAGACGAAGAGAGGAAGGAGGGUCGAAUUAUAUGUAGUAGAUAAUGUUAAUAAUGAAUGUCCAAUUGUACAAUUCACGACUAACCAUGAUGAAGGAGAAGCUAGAAACGUGUCAGAAAGCAAACAGCAACUUACAUAUGUACAUAUCUUUUCUGAAAAAGUCUUACACAAAUACCUUUAUCUGAAUUUAAUUUUUAAUAUU